UAUGAAGGAGACCAUGUAUAUUUACUCAACUACAACCUCUCCUAUCCAAACCAAACACACAGCUCGGGUGUUUACGGCGCAGACCUGAACGACUUUCCUCUGGAGCAGCUUGUGGUUGCGCGCAGAGAGGAUGCUUUUGUGUCUUCAGCUCACACCAGGAACAAGGAACCAGUGAGAGCGCUUUGUUGGUUUUGAGAUUGGUUUUGUUGCUGUUCACAUCAGACACAAAGGAGUUAUUUCCUUUUAUGACUUUAUAAGGAUUGCCCCUGGAAUAUGCGCUUUUUGCUCGAUCACUGGACUUGAUUGUGACCUGUAGCACCACCUGUGGCACCGGCAGGCACCAGCACAAGAGGCGUUUUGCUUGGUUAAAUCUUGAAGAAAUUACAGCUGCAGCUGCGGUGAGGAUUUUGCAGCGGGACACUGACAUAUAGCACAAGAUUUCCAACAGCCUGCACUUAUUUUUUUGCCUUUUAUUAACUGUAUUUGCUCAGGGUAAUAAGCCUCACCGUCACAGGUUGCUGACAGCGCAACAACUUUCCUCAUCAGAUAAGUGCGGCACGUUUUACGCACACAGGAGACGCUUGAGCUCGAGGUGAGGCGAGCGCACGGGGCUGUGAGGUGGGAAAGAAGACAAGAAACCAAAAGAAGCAGGUAGUCCAGACAUCCACAAUGACGGACGGUGCAAGACAACGGAGCAGCACGUCGGGCUCUGCCAAGGAUGCUGCCGGUGAGAAGGAGUCAGGAGGCGGAGUGGCGCUCAAGAAGGAAAUUGGGCUUGUGAGCGCCUGCGGUAUCAUAGUUGGUAACAUUAUCGGCUCAGGUAUCUUCGUCAGUCCCAAGGGAGUGUUGGAGAACGCCAGCUCUGUGGGCGUGGCCCUGAUCGUCUGGAUCAUCACGGGCGUCAUCACAGCCAUCGGGGCGUUGUGCUACGCCGAGCUGGGCGUCACCAUCCCCAAGUCGGGGGGAGACUACUCCUACGUCAAGGACAUCUUCGGAGGGCUGGCUGGGUUCCUGCGUCUGUGGAUCGCCGUGCUGGUCAUCUACCCGACCAACCAGGCCGUGAUCGCGCUGACGUUUUCCAACUACGUGCUGCAGCCUCUCUUCCCCACCUGCUUCCCGCCGGAGAAUGGCCUUCGUCUGCUGGCUGCUGUCUGCCUCUUGCUGCUGACAUGGGUGAACUGCUCCAGUGUGAGGUGGGCCACCAGGGUGCAGGACAUCUUCACCGCCGGCAAGCUCCUGGCCCUCGCCCUCAUCAUCAUCAUGGGCAUUGUGCAGAUCUGCAAGGGACAGUAUUACUGGUUGGAGCCGGCCAAUGCCUUCGAGCCCUUCCAGGACUAUGAUGUGGGUUUGAUAGCCUUAGCCUUCCUACAAGGCUCCUUCGCCUACGGAGGGUGGAACUUCCUCAACUACGUCACGGAGGAGCUGGUGGACCCCUAUGUGAACCUUCCCCGUGCUAUCUUCAUCUCCAUCCCCCUCGUGACCUUCGUUUACGUCUUUGCCAACAUUGCCUACGUCACAGCCAUGAGUCCCCAGGAGCUGCUCGCCUCAAACGCCGUUGCCGUGACGUUUGGUGAGAAGCUGCUGGGAGUCAUGUCCUGGAUCAUGCCCAUCUCUGUGGCUCUCUCCACCUUCGGGGGAGUCAACGGUUCCCUCUUCACCUCUUCGCGGUUAGUUCGUAACAACUUUCAAUACUAUGUGUGGGCAAUGCACCAGCUGCCAUCACAGCGCCUCUAA